CGAAGAAUGAGUUGACUUCAAAUUUUAAAAUGAAAUAAUAAAAAUGAAAAGGAACGUGGGCGAGACGGCAGUAGUAGUGGUUCCACUGCAGGGACGACGACUCAUAAAAAAGGUUGACUUAGGAAUGCAUAAGAUGCGGUUCAGAACUGUGUUCCCAUCUCAGCUUCGACUAUGGAAGCAGCCAUGGCCGAUGACCCUCUCCGAGCUCAACACGGCGGUUGGAUAUACGAUGUUUUUCUAAGUUUUAGAGGCGAAGACACUCGCAAGAACUUUACAGAUCAUCUCUACUACGCAUUGAUCGAUGCUGGUCUCAACGUCUUCCGAGACGAUCCAGAGCUCCAACAAGGCGAAGACAUAACCUCGGAGCUCGAACGAGCAAUCCAGGGAUCGAAGGUCGCUGUUAUUGUUUUCUCACAAAACUACGCAGAUUCGCGAUGGUGCUUGGAAGAGCUCGUGAAGAUCAUGGAAUGUAGAAGAACUUUGAGGCAAUUGGUUUUGCCGAUAUUCUACGAUGUUGAUCCAUCUACUGUGAGGAAGCAAACGGGCGGAUUUGAAGAGGCGUUUCUUCGACAUGAACAGCGUUUCUUCACGGACAUUGAUCGAGUUCUUAGGUGGCGAAUGGCUCUCUCUGAAGCUGCAAAUUUAUCUGGUUGGGAUUUGAGAAACAUCGCCGAUGGACAUGAGGCCAAAUUCAUAAGGUUGAUCGUUGAGAAGAUAUCAAGGGAACUCAACAGCACAUACUUAUUCAUAGCUCUUUAUCCAGUGGGAAUUGAAUCAAGAGUGAAAGUUGUGGCAUCACAUUUAGAUAUUGGAUCAAAUGGUGUUCGUUUUGUAGGAAUUUUGGGGAUGGGAGGAAUGGGCAAAACCACCAUUGCAAAAGCACUUUACAAUCAACUUUAUCACAACUUCGAAGCCAAAUGUUUCCUUGCCAAUAUCAAAGACAUCUCCAAGCAACCCAAUGGUCAAAUUCGCUUACAAGAACAACUCCUCUCUUCACUCACAAAAUCCACCAAGAUUAAGUUGGAAAAUGUCGACCGAGGAAUUGUCGUGUUACAAGAAAGACUUCGUAGGAAAAAAGUGCUUUUGAUAUUAGAUGAUGUAGAUGAAAUAGGACAGUUAAAUGCCAUAGCGAGAAGUCGUGAAUGGUUCGGUUCGGGAAGUAGAAUUGUUCUAACAACUCGAGAUCAACAUUUGCUAAAUCAACUCGAAGUAGACGGAAUUUGCUCUGUUGAUGAAAUGGAUGACACUGAAGCUCUCGAGCUCUUUAGUUGGCAUGCCUUUCGCAAUAGUUAUCCUUCGGAAACCUUUCAUGAACUGUCAAAACGUGUUGUGAAUUAUUCAGGAGGAUUGCCAUUGGCUCUUGAAGUGUUAGGCUCUUUCCUUUUUGGUAGAAGCAGAGCUGAAUGGGAAGAUACAUUGAACAAACUGAAGAAAAUUCCAGACGAUCAAAUUCAAAGAAAGCUUAGAAUCAGCUUUGAUGGGCUUAAUGAUCACACAUACAAAGAUAUAUUUCUUGAUGUUUCAUGUUUCUUUAUUGGAGUGGACAAAAACUAUGUUGAACAAGUGUUAGAUGGCUGUGGAUUCUUUCCAAAAAUUGGUAUUAGUGUUCUUCUUCAGAGAUGCCUUUUAACAAUUGGCGACAAAAACAAGUUAAUGAUGCAUGAUUUGCUAAGAGAUAUGGGGAGAGAAAUUGUUCGUGAAAAGUUCCCAAAAGAGCCUGAAAGACAUAGCAGACUUGUUCUUCAUGAGGAAGUUCUUUCUGUACUUUCAAGACAUAAGGGAACUUAUGCCAUUGAAGGGCUAAGUUUGAAGCUGCCAAGAUUUAGCAAGGAAAAGCUGAGCUCAAAAGCGUUUAAUGAAAUGCAGAAUUUAAGGUUACUUCAACUUAACUUUGUCAACUUAACUGGAGAUUUCAAGCAUAUUUCUCAGGAGAUAAGGUGGCUCUGUUGGCAUGGAUUUCCUUUGAAGUUCUUACCUAAAGACUUUCAUAUGGAGAAAUUGGUUGCUGUGGACUUGAGAUAUAGCCAAAUCAGAUUCUUUUGGAAGGAGUCUAAGUUUUUGAAGAACUUGAAAUUUCUUAAUCUUAGCCAUUCUCAUUACCUAACGUAUACUCCGGAUUUCUCGAAACUCCCCAAUCUGGAGACACUAAAACUCAAAGAUUGCAAGAGUUUGGUUGAGUUGCACCCUACCAUUGGAGAACUGAAGGCACUCAUUUUAAUAAACUUGAAGGACUGCAAAUGCCUCAAGUCUCUCCCAAAGGGUUUCUCCAUGUUAAAAUCUCUGGAAACUCUGAUUCUUUCAGGUUGUUCAAAGCUCAGUACUUUGCCAGAGGAUUUAGGAGAAAUGGUAUCAUUAAUAACUCUAACAGCUGAUGAUACAGCCAUUCAACGAAUUCCUUCCACUAUUGUGAAGCUGAAAAACCUUAAAUAUCUAUCUCUAUGUGGGUGUAAAGGGCCUCCAUCCAAAUCAUUCCCUUCAGCCUUUUGGUCUUGGAUUUCACCAACCAAAUAUCCAAACUCAAUUCUGCUCCCUUCUUCCUUACAAGGCUUAAACGCCUUAAGAACACUACGCCUAAACAACUGCAACUUGUCAAACAACACAAUUCCAAAAGACAUAGGGAGUUUGAUUUCUUUGAGAGAAUUGGAUUUGAGAGACAAUUCAUUCCAUAGCUUACCAUCAAGCAUUAGUGGCCUUAUGAAACUCGAGACUCUUAUGUUGGAUCAUUGCACUGAGCUUCAAUGUAUCCCAGAUUUACCGCCACAUUUGAAUUCAUUGUAUGCAUCAAACUGCAUUUCAUUAGAAAGGGCACCCGAUUUGUCGAAUGUCAAGCGUAUGGUAGCUUUGUCUGUGAGUAAUUGCCCCAAACUUAUGGAUAUCCCUGGCUUGGAAAUGUUGUUGGACUCUAUUAGAGUCAUUCACAUGGAAGGAUGUAGCAACAUCUCCAACUCCUUCAAGGAAAACAUUCUACUGGGAUGGACAGUUAGUGGAUUUGGAGGAGUUUGUGUUCCAGGCAAGGAAAUUCCAGAUUGGUUUGCAUACAAAGAUGAGGGUCACUCAGUGUUCUUUGAUUUGCCUCAGUUUACUGAUUGCAAUUUAGAAGGCUUCAUUGUGUGCAUAGUUUACUCUUCUUGUUUUGACAACGCAGUGUCAUCAGACCUUCCAAGUUUAUCAGUCAUAAAUUACACAAAGGGUGUCAUUACAACCAACAAACCUCUUACCAAUGAUGUAGUAAUGUCAACUGAAGAUCACUUGUGGCAAGGCCAUUUAUCAAACAAAACCUUCAAGAUGGAAUCUGGCGAUGAAGUCGAGAUCAUCAUUGAUUUUGGAGCUGAAAUCACUGUGAAGAAGAUCGGCAUCUCGCUGGUGUUCGACAAGUAUGUUGAAAGAAAAAUGUUGGAGUUUGGAUCGACCUCAAAUGACGAUGUUGCUGUCGUUAAUAACCGAGACGGAGAUGUUAAUGAAAAUGAAGGAGUCGGGAUUAAGAGAGGUUGUGACCAUGAUGAUGGACCAAGUGAUUCGUACCAGCUGCCCAAAAGGUUGAAGUAUGAAAAUAACUCGGAUGAGGAUCAGAGGGAAAAUGAAAGGCUUUGAUAUUGAAAUCAUAUUAGUCAUUCUUGUGCUUUGUUUUAGACCACGAGGUCAAAGAUGCAUAUACACAUAUAUAAUACAUAUUGUGAGAGCAGAACUACAUGUAUCUAUCGUAAUUUUUUUAUUUUUUUUUCACCAAUAUCGACAAUUAAUUAGUUCAUCAACAAAAAAUUGUAUCAACUU